CCUCACCCCCCCCACCUCACCCCAUACUUCUCCUCCACCGCUUUAUCCAAAAUGGGCCAAAUAGAAGAACUCCCCGACGACUACGACGAGUCCCUCGACCUGAACCAGCCCCAACCACCAGCACCCGAAGAACUCCCCAUCCCGAUCAAAGAAGAGCGACUGAAGGAUAUCAACGACAAUGCGGACCCGCUGGCGCCCAAGAUGCCCCCCGCCAUGGAGGCAGUGAAUACCCACACGACGGAUGAAUUGGCGGAGAUUCUGAACCGCACGCCGUUGUUUAUGACGGAUAUCAAUAAGGCUUAUGACGAGAAGGGCGAGAACGUCAUGCUGGACGCUAUCCGCGCGCUCCAGAAUGAAGGAACACGCGGCGAAGUGGCGCAGAACUUCCGGGAACAGGGGAAUGAAGCGGCGCGCGAGAAACGGUGGGUUGAUGCCAAGGAACAUUAUUCGAAGGGUAUUGCGGUGUUAUUGGCUAAGGAGGAUAAAUGGGAUAAGCCGGAGGAUGAGAAAGAGGAGGUUAAGUUGAGGAGGGAGGCUGAGGAGGCGUGUUAUAUUAAUCGGGCUUUGUGUCAUUUGGAAUUGAAGAAUUUCCGGUCCACGACGCUCGACUGCGCGGCUGUUUUGAAGCUCAACGCCAAGAACGUGAAAGCGUAUUAUCGCUCCGCGAUGGCAUUGUACGCGCUGGAUAAGAUCGUCGAGGCGGAGGAUGUGGCGACGCGGGGAUUGGAACUGGACCCGAUGAAUAAGCCAUUGCAGGUUGUUGCGGGGAAGAUCGCCGAACGGAAAGGAGUGAUUGAGCGAAUUGCAGCGAGGAAGAAGGCCGAGGAUGAGCGCACACGAAAAGAGAAGAACCUGCUUAGUGUUGCUCUUCGCGCGAGACAGAUCCGUACGCGCAAGACAGACCAGCCGCCGGAGAUGGAAGACGCGGGGAUCAAACUCACGCCUGAUCCGUUGUCGCCGGAGAGUACGCUGGAGUUCCCGACUGUGUUGCUGUAUCAUAUGGAUGCGCAGACGGAUUUCAUCAAGGGGUUCUCGGAGAUGCAUUCCAUUGCGGAUCAUUUGGAUUAUAUCUUCCCCUUGCCGUGGGAUGAGAACAAGGAGUAUUCGAUGAACACGGUGGAGUGUUUUAUGGAGACGGUCACGGGUGGGUUGAUCCGUGCUGGGAAGAAGGUCCCCUUGUUGCAGAUUCUUAGUGGUGGGAAGGUUGAGGUUGUCGAUGAGUUGGUUAAGAUUUAUGUCGUGCCUACGAGCAAGACGGCUACUUUUAUUGCUGAGAUGAAGGCGAGGAAGGAGGGCUGAGCGAUGCAUACUAUCUAUAACCAACCAGGUUGAGUUCCUAGGCGAAGGUUCUACCGCCGCCACAGGAUACCUCCCCUGCUCUGAUUGCUCUGCUUACACUCGGGUGAAAUGUCAUAUCGCCUGUAGUUCAGCCAGCAAAGCAGACACCCCCACCCCGUGUCGAUCCAGGAUUAAGCAUGCACGCACUGCAUGUCCGGAUCGGGUUAUACCCGGAGAUUUGUGCGGCUAGGAUAACCGUGUAUCUAGCAUUAUGAUGUAUGUCUAGACUAAGACUAUCCACUUCUAUACCAC